GCCGGAUAUUAUGAUGGCUUCCUCGACAGUCAUCGUGAGCAUCGUGCUGGGACUCGCCAUAUUGUACGUUCUGAGUCGACCGAGAAAUGCUGGUCGCGCGCCAUUACCACCCGGCCCGAAAGGGUUACCAGUUCUGGGGAAUUUGAAUGACUUGCCUAAAUCCGGUGUGCUCGAGGCCCACCACUGGCUGAAGCACAAGGAUCUCUAUGGCCCGAUUAGUUCAGUGACCGUGAUGGGUCAGACUCUGAUCAUCAUCAACGACUCCAAACUCGCGUUCGAGCUCCUGGAGAAACGGUCCGCCAUCCAUUCCUCUCGUCCGAAGCAGAUCUUUGCCGGGGAGAUGUUGGGCUGGGAGAACUCGCUAGGCCUGUCUCCAUACAACAAUCGUUUCCGAACCUACCGCAAGAACAUGGCCAAGAUCAUUGGCUCUAAAUCAGCAGCCUCGCAAUUCAGUCAGUUGCAAGAGGCUGAAGCUGGCCAUUUCCUGUUGCACGUCCUGGAGAAGCCCGAGAACUUGCUUGAUCACAUCAGACGGGAGGCCGGCGCCGUCAUCUUGAAAAUCGCUUACGGCUAUACUGCCGAAUCGGACAAGGAUGAUCCUCUCAUCGACAUGGCUGGUGACGCGAUGGAUAAGUUUGCGCGCGCUGGAGUGCCCGGUGCUUUCAUGGUCGACAUUAUGCCCUUUCUGAAACGACUACCAGAAUGGUUCCCCGGCACAGGAUUCAAGCAAACGGCCAAACAGUGGGGCGCCGAACUCACCGAUGUGGCCGAGAGACCCUACGCAUUCGUCAAGCAACAGAUGGCCCAGGGCAAGAACGAGAGUUCUUUCCUCUCUCAGCUUCUCGAGCAAGGCGACUCGGAUCCAGAGGAGAAGUUCACAAACAAGUGGUCAGCCAUGUCUUUGUACACAGCCGGUGCGGAUACGACCGUGUCUUCACUAGCAUGUUUCUUCCUCGCCAUGACUGUCUCCCCAGAAGUCCAGAAAUCAGCCCAAGAAGAAAUCGACCGCGUCGUCGGAACAGACAGACUCCCCACCGUCGCCGAUCGCGAGAAUCUACCGUACGUCGACGCCGUUGUCAAGGAAGUCCUGCGCUGGCACCCCGUCGCCCCGAUGGGUCUCCCGCACACCAGUACCGAGGACGACAUUUGCAAUGGGUACCUCAUCCCCAAAGACGCCAUGUUGUUUGCGAAUGUCUGGUACUUCACCCACGAUCCCCAAUCGUACCACGACCCCAUGACGUUCAAGCCAGAACGCUUCCUCAGCACCAGCACGAACGGCCACAACACGCCCGAGCCCGAUCCGCACAUGUACGUGUUCGGCUUCGGUCGACGGAUCUGCCCGGGAAAGCUCCUGGCCGACAACGCGCUAUACUUGACCAUUGCGCAAUCACUCGCGGUGUUUAGUAUCGGCAAGGCUGUCGAGGACGACGGGAGAGAGGUCGAGCCUGAAGUCAAGUUCCAGCCGGGCGUGGUCAGUCACCCUGUACCAUAUAGGAACACGAUCAAGCCAAGGUCGGCGCAUCAUGAAGAGCUGAUUCGAGGCAUCGAAAAGAUGUACCCGUGGCAAGAAAGUGAUGCGAAGACAUUAGAGAGUAUGAGUUACUAA